AUAAAAAAAUUGAUAACCUCAACAAGUACUCUUUCUUUCAAACUAUAGCCACUAUGUUUCUGGAGUUGUGGAUGCGAACCAGAGCAAGAGUCGUCAAUGACUGGGAUUUGUUCAAUUGGGAUGAGGAUGAGGAGGAACUUGCUCUCGGGCUAAUAUACUGUCCUGACGUACCACCACAAAAAUAUCAUUAUUCUUUUAGGAGAACAGGUAUAGUCCUCUUCUUAUCAUUUGUUCAGAUUGCUGUUAUAAUUUGUAUUGCGCUUGGCAUUGUGGUAUUUCGGAUUACUUUAUCCGUUUCAUUGAUGACUGCACAAUUCCAUUUCAAGCGUGAAGUAGCUGAAAUAGUGUCCUUGAUGAUAGGUGCUGUUUUGCACUAUAUCACACUUCUAAUCAUGACCAAGGUGAAUUGUAUUGUUGCAAAGAAACUGUGCAAAUUGGAAAUGCAGCGUACUGAUUUAGCUCGAGAAAAUAGUUAUACUGCAAAAAUGUUCACGUUUCAGUUCUUCAACCUAUUUGCUUCCAUUAUUUACAUUGCGUUUUUUCUUGGAAGAAUCAAUGGCUAUCCAGGUAAUUACGUGAAAAUAGCAAGGAAGUGGCGUCUAGAAGAGUGUCAUCCAAGUGGCUGCAUUACAAAUCUCUUUCUGCAAAUGGGUGUUAUAAUGGUGUUGAAACAAGUGGUAGGCACCACCACGGAAUAUGUUUACCCAUACUUAAAAUAUAAAAGGAAUAAGUAUCAGACUAGGUUCUCAAAUGACAAUGUAGACGAGGUAACGAGGCAUUGGAUUAAAAAUUAUAAUUUAGCUGACGUCAACUCCUACUCUCUGUUCGAAGAGUUUUUAGAAAUGGCAAUUCAGUAUAGUUUCACCACAAUAUUUGUUGCAGCCUUUCCAUUGGCUCCUUUACUAGCUUUGCUGAAUAACUUACUUGAAAUUCGGUUAGAUGCCAAAAAAAUGAUUUUGCAUCUCAAACGACCAAUACCCCGGAAAGCAAAAGAUAUUGGAAUAUGGUUCGAAAUUCUCGAAGUAAUUGGGGUUCUUGCUGUUAUUGGAAAUGGAUUGGUGAUAUCCUUCACAUCAGAUUUCAUUCCUCGACAAGUGUACCUUUACAUGUCUGGUCCAUGUAAGCAUCCACAUCAUAUCAAAAUUGAUUGUAUGACUGGGUACGUUAAUUACAGUCUCUCUGUGUACCAUCUGAAGCAUUUUGAGAAAAGUAUUGAUCAUUUUAAAGGAUCACACGUCUUGAACUAUCCGAUAACUCAUUGUAGGUAUCGAGACUACAGAAAUGAAUAUACUCAAGAGCUUACUGUCCAGUUUUGGCAAAUUUCUGCUGCUCGUUUGGCCUUUUUGGUGUUAUUUGAGAAUAUUGCUGUUUGCAUCAAGUAUCUUGCAGCUUGGUUUAUCCCUGAAGUUCCAGUUGGAAUCCAAAAUAAAAAUCUACGUAGGACAUAUGAGCAAUUAAAAGAGGAGCUGAAGAUGAUUGUUCCGAGAAGCCCAAUGACUUCAUUAGCUCACCAAUUGACCGUUUAAUCAUGAACAAUGCGAAAAUAAAAGUAUUGUGCCAAAGCUGUUUACCAGAAAAAAUUAUUUGACAACAUGUCUGAUGACUUGUAUUACUUUACUAGUUUAAUAAAACUUUGUCAAGCAAAUAUGAUUUAAAAAUAUACCAUAUUUGAAACAAUUAAAUCCUGUCAGUGAAAAA